AUGGAGGACAAAGCAGCACUACGAAGAACCUGUUGCCAAACCUUGGGAAAGGCCUUUAAAGGCGAAUUUAAGCGCCAAAAUCUGGGAUUCAGUGGGGCUAACUAUGAACUCUUCCCAUUUUCUCAAUGGAUGCGGUUGGAUACUCACCUCUAUCCAAUUUACCGAUUUAUCAUUGCCAUCGGGCUAUUAGCUUGGGCUUGCGUGGAGAUUCCACUGAGAUUUGCGCAAAACACAGAUGACUAUACAAAGUAUAAUUACUUCCUUUAUGUCACGAAUUGGUCAUUCCUCCUAUACACAUUGAGCUCCAAUGCCUUCGCAAUAUUCUGCACAUUUUACAACUGCAAGAAAGCUUUGGGAUCAUGCUUAAAGCACUCAAUUCCUGGCCUUACGGUAGUCUUAGAUGUGUGCAUAAACGGACUCCCGAUUCGCUUACUUCAUGCUAUAUAUCCAAUGAUCUACGGUAUAAUUUAUUCUACUUUCUCCUAUUUCUACUUCGCCGGCGACAAUGUCCGACCAAUCUACUCGGUGCUUGACUGGAGUAAACCAGGAAAGGCUGCAUUUGUCUGCUUGAUGAUCACCCUCUUCGGUCUUGUUGUGCAGUUCCUUCUCUUCCUUCUCUAUGUUGGUCGCAUCACUCUGAGCGCACACCUCAAUGGACGAGGUAAAGUCGUUGUGGAGAGGUGGUGGAAUGAGAGUUCUCAAGCCACUCCCGUCAAAGAGGUUAUCAAGGAUAUUGAAGCUGUAGAAUUUGCAUAA